AAACAAUUUCUGUAUUUUCAAGAUAAUUGUAUGUAUAAACUCUGCGGCUUUCUUCUUUGUCCGUCGUUUCUCGGUACUCUGAUUCUCGAAUAAAUCCCAAUCACAGAAGUGGUAAGAGCAUCCCGGAAAAUUGGUGAAUAUCCAGGGGCGAAAUUCAUUUGGCCGCAAUGACGAAUCCAAAUGGCAUACGUGCUUCUCCUUCUCCACAAAAGCCUUCAAUCACUCACGUCAUAUUCGAUAUGGACGGCCUUCUUCUUGACACAGAGAAGUUCUACACUGAAGUCCAAGAGAUUAUACUUGCUAGAUACAACAAGACAUUUGAUUGGUCACUCAAGGCAAAAAUGAUGGGUAAGAAGGCUUUAGAAGCAGCUAAGGUAUUUGUGGAGGAGACAGGAAUUAAUGAUUCUCUGACAGCUGAGGAUUUUCUUGUUGAAAGAGAAGCUAUGCUGCAGAAUUUGUUUCCAACCAGUGAACUCAUGCCAGGUGCUGGCCGCCUGAUUCUGCACCUUCAUAAAAAAGGAAUACCAAUGUCUGUUGCAACGGGCUCUCACAAGCGCCACUUUCAAUUGAAAACAGAACAAUAUGAUGAACUUUUUUCAUUGAUGCAUCACAUUGUUGUUGGUGAUGACCCAGAAGUCAAACAAGGGAAACCUUCGCCUGAUAUUUUCCUCACAGCAGCUAAAAGAUUUGAGGUUUUUUCCCAGAUGCAUCUGUUGAUCUGCAUAAAGUUCUUGUUUUUGAGGAUGCUCCAUCAGGUGUUCUUGCUGCUAAGAAUGCUGGCAUGUCAGUGGUAAUGGUUCCUGACCCCAGGUUGGAUAGCUCUCACCAUGAAAAUGCUGACCAAGUUCUCAGUUCUUUAUUAGAUUUCAACCCAGCUGAUUGGGGGUUGCCUCUAUUUGAUGAAAUAUCCAGCUAAUCACAGCUAACAACUCAGCAUAAAUUUUAUUCACUUUUCAGAGACUAGAUUAUUGGCACAAGUUUCACUCUCUUAUUUUUUUUACCGCCACGAUUUAUUACUCUCGUUAUUUAUUACUCCCUCCGUCCCAUAAAAUUCUUCCCACUUUCUUUUCUUGACCGUCCCCAAAAAAAAUUCUCAUUUACCAUUUUUGGCCAAUUUGUGUGAUUCACAUUCAUUUGACCUUUUCCUUACACAACUACAAUCACACAUUUCCACUUUAUUCCACUUUCUUAAUCUCCGUGCCAAGUCAAAAUGGGAAGAAUUUUCUGGGACGGAGGGAGUACCAAGCAUGCAUUUUGUUUGUAUGAUGCAUAUAUUACGAAUGAUAACAAUAUUGGAAACUGAUGAAAUAUCGGUAUCGUGUAUCUUUAGAAAAUUAGUAGAUAUUAGGAUAUCGAGAACAUAGCUUUUGGGGAUAUUAAUUGAAUUUUGUAAACUUUAUAUAGAGAAUAUAAUAUAGAUUACCAAUAAUUUCUAGAUAUCUUUGAAACCUCUAGA